AUGUCUGCUGCCACCAUGCAAUCCACACCAGCAAUCCCUCCUCGUCCUGCGAGGAGUCAAGAAAGAGACAAUGGCUCCUCCGCGCCCGCGAUUCCUCCUCGCCCCAUCAAUCGUCGUUUCAAUCGAUCCGUCUCUCCAAACCCGGACCGCUUCGCUCCUUCGCCUCUCAACGAGAGCCCCUUCACCGCUAAGACAACUCGACAAAAUCACACCCACCUUGGCGAAGAGCUAGAACGUCCUGUUAGUGUCGAGAUGCCUAACCCGGGCGAAGAAGGUCGUGAGUAUGCUGCUGUUAUCGAAGAGUUGGGUACGUCCCCACAGGCGAGCCGUAGGUCGUCUACUUCGCCCGAACAAACUCGCACCGUCGGCGAGGACAUCAAACUGCAUGCGCCGAAGCCAACCAUGCCCGCCCAGAGCGCCAAGCAGCGAGUUGCUCAAGUUACACGGACCGAUUCUGACAGAGCCGCCGCUUUUGGCAUUGGACGUCCUUCCUACGAAGACCAAGGUUACCCACCUCGCAGCCUUAAGAAGAAGGCGAGUACUACGAGUCAGCUUUCGCAUCAAAGCGAAACGUUUACAGAAGAUGGACAAGGCAUUCCCGAGAUUGGCCAACGAGUUCCUAUGUUAGCCAAUGCUGGUGAUGUUCAAGCACCCUCGCCUACCCCAGCUCCUAGAACGGCCAGCACCGAUGGAACGAAACCUAUUCGAAACCAUACUAGGAAGACGAGUUCUCGAAGCGGGUUUGGCGAUCUUCCGUCCGAUGUCUACGGUCUCCAUGGACAUGGCGUUGCGUCUACCGACAAACUCGAGAAGGCCUACUACGAGAAACAUCCUGAUGCCCUACAGAAGGAGCGCUACAAUCAUCUUCACGACCGUGUACACGACUACUCAAUGAGUAGCGAGGAUCUAAAUAAGAUCGUUCGAGAUACAGCCAGCCGUGGUGCUGGUUUUGGUACUUCAACUGAAUUUGUCGGGACUCCCAGCGAACAGGUUGGCUACCAAGCAGCUGAUGAGUAUACGUCACGUAUCUCGUCCCCUCAACCACCAGCCGCCCAAGAAGAUGCCAACAUCAUUUCGCCCUUGAAGCCUAAUUUCUCAGGCAAUGAAGUAGCUACUGACCACGCUGAUACUAUUAACGGUGACAACGUAAUCCACGUAGACGAGCCAAAUCGACGCAAAGGAUACGUCAAAUUUGGUGACGAGAAGUCUGCGGAAGGCGAGGGUGCCGAAGAAGUGCGCAAUCAGCCAAUCCUAGCUCCUGAUGAGGUGGCCAAAGACCCAUCUCCCUACCAAAUGCAGCCUGCCGUGGAACCUCCACCGGAGCGACACGGCAGCGCCUACGAAAUGGAGGAACCUAAGAGCCGCCCCACUAGUAGACCUGCAAGCGUAUACAGUCCUCCACCGCCUGAAUUGCAUUCAACCCCGCUGGAAGACGUGGAGGAAUAUGAACCACUGUUCCCCGAAGACGAGAAAGCCGGCAAGAAACCCAUGACUCAGGCCGAGAAGUUGAAGGAACAACGCCAAAGAUUCCCUAGUCGGGAUAUCUGGGAGGAUGCUCCUAACAGCGUGCAUUCUACUGCGGAAGUCUCGACACCGGAGUUAUUGGAAGCUCGCCAGAAAGAACAAGCUGCAGCUUUAGAUGUACCUCCACGAGAUGGCGAAACUCCUGCUCAAGCUUUUGCAAGAAGACAAGAGGAACUUGCCGAAAAGGAAGCUCUCACUCCAGACAGCUUUUUGUACCGUCAACAAAAGCCCCCGUCAUGGAUUGGAAGCCAACCGCAUCUAGCCAAGGAUACCCACAGUAGACCUAGCAAUUUAGCGACUCAAAGGUUCCCAAGCCGAGACGUCUGGGAGGACACGCCCGAUUCCCUACAAUUCACUGCUACCGUUUCCACUCCUGAGGCCACUGAAGAAUCACAGGCGGAUGAGGCGACCAAGUCAAUUACUGAGCAAGCCCCUCAGAAGCCAUCGAUACUAGCGCGCCCUAAGAAGCAAGGAUCGGGUGAUGAUUCAACUUUAAAGCCCACUGUUCCUGAUCGCCCAAAGCCCCAAAUUCCCGUUCGUCCUUCGAAGCCGGCUGCAGAGACUAAGGGUCCUGAGCCGGCGGCGAAGCCGAAACCCGCAGUGCCCGCUAGGCCAGCUGGAGGGAAGAUAGCUGCUUUGCAAGCAGGGUUCAUGUCGGAUCUUAACAACCGUUUAAGAUUAGGUCCCCAAGCCCCUAAAAAGGAAGAACCACCCACACAAGAGCCCGCUGAAGAGAAGGAGAAGGCACCAUUGUCUGAUGCGAGGAAAGGCCGCGCGCGAGGCCCUCAACGACGGGCUCCUACUAAGGCCGCGAGCCCAAGUGGUGUGGAAUCCGGCCCUCCGCCUACGUCCAAUGGCCAUCCCGUUCUAAGCUUUUCCAUGACUCGCACUUUAUUUAGCAUAGAUGAGGAGGGCACCAUGACAGUUGACGGUCCUGGACCCGUGACAUUACUAGAACCGGAGACUAAGUCUAUUGAGGUAGCUAAGGAGGAACCUAGGGAAGCUGAACCACAAGUCUCGUUAGAACAAGACAAGUCUGAGCCUCAACCAGAGGAGAAGUCGGAAUCCAAAGUGGACGAUAAGGUAGAAAGCAAACCAGCUGAAUCCGAGCCAAGCGAAACAAAGAGCGACUCCAAGACGGAAGAAGAAACUAAAACGCUAGCUACUAAUACGGCUGGCGAGUCUAUCUUAGAAGAGACAAUCGAAAAAAAGCCGACGGGAGACGAAGUCCAAGCGGUUGAAGAGGCUGAGGAUGAGGUAACAAAGUGA